AUGGCCGAAGUGGUGGUCUUGGCUUGGCAUGUCGAGACUCGACGCUGCCGUCCGGAGACAGGAAUCAAAACUUUCGCCGAUGUCACUGUGACCCCGCAACUUGUCUUCCGACUCACGCGCGAUUGCUACUCGAUUACAAGAAAGAUGAUCACUGGGAAAUCUGACUCUCCUCCUCCAGCAUACUCUGCAAUUCCCUCCAUCGACUCAACUGAACCUUCUGCCGAGCAACAAUCCGCGUCAACGUCUCAUUUGCAUCUUGCGACGACUUCAUGCGCCAAUGAGGCCGCUAUAUUAAAUGCUACGUUUCCGCAACAGCAUCCACACAGGGCCUAUGGGCCAACACCCAUACCUCAGCAGUUGGAGCGAGGCGUUCUUUUACCCUAUUAUGACCCACAGUCGCCGUACGCCAUGCAGCAGGCGGUUUCUCGUGCUCGGUGGCGGUUCUUUGGUGCAUUUCUCUGGGCACUUGGGAUAUGGGUUGCAUUCGGGCUCGUGACGGGUGGAAUUGUAAUUGAUAUUCGACGACCUUGA